AUGUCGUCCUACCUCUCCAACCUGCUGACGCACACGACGUCAAAGUACAACACACUACGACGCACACUCUUGUCCAGCGAGGACGACGGCGACACCGAAGACGAUACGCACAUCUGUCGAGUCCUCCGCGCAUACUACACCGAGAAAGGUCGCCCUUAUCCGCAAUGGCUGCCACCUGAUCCGCACGAGAAGCGGACAAUCACGCCGCAACCAUAUGCACAGCAGUCGGGAUACUUCACAAGUGCCGGUGGAAAGAGUCAGUAUGGCAGUGUCCAGAACCAGGGCGCCAAUAGAGCCAGCCUGAGCGACCUUUGGGAUACACCAGCACAGAACAAUGCGCCUAUGCAACCACAAAGCUUGCGCAAUGCUAGAAGACCCAUGAAUGCUGCAGCGCCUGCGGGAAAUGCUUCUCUGGCACCACCGCAGGCUCGGCCACUGCCUUCGCAAAGAGCAGGCAGCUACCAGAGCGCGAACUCGCAAUCGCCGUCCGCUCGACCCGUGGGCCGGGUGGCCGACCCCAGCCCGCCCACGACUAGCACUGGGAUGUCUGGAGGGUCUGCGCAAGAAAGGCUGAAGGCACGUCUGUGGGGAGGGGCCAGAUCCGCCAGUCCUGUCAACAAUGCACCUCCUGCUGGCCAGGCUGCGGCUCCGAGCCCCUAUAAUCAACCGCCGACAAGCGCAAACCAGUCGUGGCAGAGCGGAGGUAACCCGUAUGAUCAAGGUGGAGGAAAUGGACGCAGAUAUGGACGAUGA